CAGUCCAAUUCUAGGCACCGGUCGCAUCAUGAAACUUAUUGACGUCCUUUUGGUGGUAGCCAUAUCGGUGGCUAUAAACGCAGCUCCGUCCCCCGCAGUCGUCGAGAAGAAUGCCGUUGGUGACCUGAUCGCCGUCGUUGACGAAUAUGCCCCCCUGUUCGCCGAACUGAGCAAGGAAAAGGAUCAGUUACUACAGUUCGCUCGCACUGGACUGUUUGCAACGUACCGUCACAUGAAUGAAGAUUUGCUGAAGAACUUUGGCGAAGCACGCAAUGCCAUCGAUUUCGGAUUUGAUGAAACCCGCAAUCUAAUCGCAGCUAAAAUUAUCGACGGAGGUGACGAAGAAUGCCUAUUGAAUCUGGUUAGGCAGAUCGUUGACGAACAGCGUGCUCUGGCCUCUGCCAUGAGCCUCUGCGCCUUGUUCUCCACCACCGCGAAAGACGAUCUAUCCUACUCGUUUGUAGAGAUGUUGGAUCUGCUGCAACGUUUGUCCACGUCUCUCAGUGAGUACGUGAUAUGGUCUUUCAGCACGCACAACUCCGUCAAAAAUGCGUCUGCGCAUGCUGAGUAUCUACCCCGAGUCUACCAGGAAUCAGUUGAUAUGUGGGACGAUCAGGUCUUGCCCCUGGUUCAGUUCCAGCUUGACGCCAUGGAGUACAAUAAGCCAAUAAUUGUUGCCGAGAACCUGAACUGCCUGGACAAACUGGUCGAACAGAUCACGCCCUUCAACGAGUACAUCUACCAACAGUUAGAAUACUGCGCUGCUCCGUGGAAUGCUGCCAAGCCUUGAAACGGCUAGAAGGUGGAAGCGAGCGCCCCUGCGAAGAUGAAUUUCAGUAUCUAGACUAAUGUUUGUUGUAUAAUUGAAGUAAAUCUAUUACUGAUUAAUA